UUCCGCUCUCUCUCCUCUGCAACACAACUAAACUAUCCCAUUAACCAUAUCACUAGACUUCCACCACCACCGAUCUCCUCCACAACUCCUCCUCCACUCCUCACACGUCUCUUCUUAUUUUUGUCAUAUUCAUUACCAAAAAAAGAAAAAAAAUAUUAUUAAAUACGAUAUUGUAUUGUAAUAUACUUUCACCAUCUUCGGACGAGAACUACCUUUCUUUUGUUGAUUUUGGGCUAACGCUAGUUCUGUACCGUACGUGGGCUAAAGGGUAGAGGGUUAUUUUAAUGGGGAAUGCAAACGGUAGGGAGGAAGGAGAAAGAGACGAUGAAGAAGGGUUAGAAAACGGUGAGUUGCCGUCGCCAUCGCCAUCGCCGUCGCCUGUGAUCGGAAGAGGGGCGUCGACUACAAGCCAGUCGGUUUCAAUAUUGGAUAGUAAUGAUGUUCAUACUCAAAAUAAUAAUAGUCCUCCAGAUCAUGCCCCUGCUCGAUCCACGUCUCCUUUCUUGUUCCCUCCUCAGGCUCCUGUUGCCCCCUUGCGAAGGCCUGAUGCCCCUCCUGUUUUUGAUCAAGUUUGGCAGAAUGAUUCCCAUGAAGUUGUUGAUGAAGACCAAUCCCCUGAGCAAGGAAUCCCUACAGUUAUCACAUGGAGCCAUGGUGGAAACGAUGUGGCUGUCGAAGGAUCAUGGGACAACUUUUCUUCAAGGAAAAAGUUACAAAGAUCUGGGAAGGAUCAUUCUAUUCUUUUGGUCCUUCCAUCAGGUAUAUACCACUAUAAGUUCAUUGUGGAUGAAGAGUGGAGAUAUAUUCCAGAUCUCCCUUCUGUAACUGAUGAAAUGGGCCGUGUUUGUAAUCUUCUUGAUGUUCAUGAUUUUGUGCCAGAAAAUAUUGAUAGUGCAGUUGAGUUUGAGGCCCCACCAUCUCCAGACUCCACUUACAGUCAAGCAUUUCCAGCUGAGGAUGAUUUUGCGAAGGAUCCUUCAGCAGUUCCACCGCAGCUAAGUCUAACAGUCCUUGAUGAAGCUUCUUCUUCCAAGCCUCAACAUGUUGUGCUGAACCACCUUUACAUUGAGAAGGGAUGGGCAUCUCAGUCUCUAGUUGCUCUUGGACUAACCCAUAGAUUCCAAUCCAAGUAUGUAACUGUUUGUCUUUAUAAGCCACUCAGAAGGUAGCACCCUUCCACUUUCCAUUCAUGACUCUGAAGGAAAGAUGAUCGCUUUUGUAAUAUGGUUUGCUCUGAGAUUUCUCUGUUUAUAGAUUUUCUCUACUUCUACA